UUGGGCUGCGUGUUUGCUGUGAGCUUUAGUUUCAUGAUUCUGCAAAAGGCAGGUGCGUAUCCAUCAAGCAACAAAGAGGUACAGACUAAAUGGAUCUAAAGACAGCAGUGUUCAAUGCAGCUCGUGAUGGUAAGCUGCGGCUUCUUUCCAAGUUACUGGCAAACAAAACAAGAGAAGAAGUGACCUUACUUAUGUCAGAAAAAACCAAUGGUGCCACCCCACUGCUGAUGGCAGCCCGUUACGGGCACCUUGACAUGGUGGAAUAUUUGCUGGACCACUGCGCUGCCUCCAUAGAAGUUGGUGGCUCUGUGAAUUUUGAUGGCGAGACUAUCGAGGGAGCCCCGCCAUUAUGGGCAGCAUCAGCUGCUGGUCACUUAAAGGUGGUUCAGUGCCUGCUGGAUCAUGGUGCAUCUGUCAACAACACAACUUUGACAAACUCAACACCGCUCAGAGCUGCCUGUUUUGAUGGUCACCUGGAAAUAGUAAAAUACCUUGUGGAGCACAAAGCGGACCUGGAAGUAUCAAACCGUCAUGGGCAUACCUGCUUGAUGAUCUCCUGUUACAAGGGCCACAAAGAAAUUGCUCAGUAUUUACUUGAAAAAGGAGCAGAUGUUAAUAGAAAAAGUGUUAAAGGAAACACUGCAUUACAUGAUUGUGCAGAAUCUGGAAGUUUGGAGAUCAUGAAGAUGCUUCUCAAGUAUUGUGCUAAGAUGGAAAAGGACGGCUAUGGAAUGACUCCCCUUCUGUCAGCCAGCGUCACCGGCCACACAAAUAUUGUGGACUUUCUGACGCAACAUGUACAAACCAGCAAGACAGAGUGCAUAAAUGCUCUAGAACUUCUAGGAGCAACAUUUGUAGAUAAAAAGAGAGAUCUGAUUGGUGCUUUGAAAUACUGGAAACGAGCUAUGGAGAUGAGAUACAAUGAUAGGACUAAUAUCCUAAGCAAGCCUAUGCCACAAACACUAAUUAUGGCCUAUGAUUAUGCUAAAGAGGUAAACAGCUCAAAAGAACUAGAAAACCUUAUCGCAGACCCUGAUGAGAUGAGAAUGCAAGCACUGUUAAUUAGAGAACGUAUUCUUGGUCCUUCACACCCAGAUACAUCUUACUAUAUUAGAUACAGAGGUGCUGUCUAUGCAGACUCUGGAAACUUCAAGCGAUGCAUCAACUUAUGGAAAUACGCUUUGGACAUGCAGCAGAGCAAUCUAGAUCCCCUGAGCCCUAUGACGGCCAGCAGUUUACUGUCAUUUGCUGAACUCUUCUCCUUCAUGCUGCAGGAUAGGGCAAAAGGCCUGCUAGGCACUACUGUUACAUUUGAUGAUCUCAUGGCUAUACUGUGCAAAAGUGUCCUCGAAAUAGAACGGGCUAUGAAACAAAUGCAGUGUCCUCCAGACCCAAUACAGCUGAACAAGGCCCUUUCCAUCAUUUUGCAUUUAAUUUGCUUGUUGGAAAAAGUACCUUGUAGCUUAGAACAGGAACAUUUUAAGAAACAGACUCUUUACAAGUUUCUUAAGCUUCAGCCUAGAGGGAAGAAUAAUUUCAGCCCACUUCACCUUGCUGUUGACAAGAAUACUACAUGUGUGGGGCGCUACCCAGUUUGUAAAUUUCCCUCUCUCCAAGUCACCACUAUACUGGUAGAAUGUGGUGCUGACGUAAAUGUCAGAGAUUCUGAUAACAACAGUCCUCUACACAUUGCUGCACUGAACAACCAUCCAGACAUCAUGAAUCUUCUUAUCAAGUCAGGUUCACACUUUGAUGCCACAAACUCGCAUAAACAAACUGCUAGUGAUUUGCUGGAUGAGAAGGAAAUGGCAAAAAAUUUGAUCCAGCCCAUAAAUCAUACUACGUUGCAGUGUCUUGCUGCUCGUGUUAUAGUGAAUCAUAACAUAUACUAUGCAGGACACAUCCCUGAAAAGAUGGAGAACUUUGUUUUGCUCCAUAGAUGAUAACGUGGAGUCCCAGAGUACUGUUGUUGAAGCACGACUUGGUGACAAUGAUUUUUCUCAAGCGCUGUUGUGAUACACCAGCAUUCCCUUAGCUUGCU